UUUGACCAUGAGAAUAUACUUUACCAGCCCAAGACAGUGUUUUACAUAGCCACCCUGAUCUGGUCUACAACCGACAGGUGGAUAGAAUUCGCAUCUAGUAUUUCAAAUCGUCCAUUGCUUUUCUUCAAGCUUCACGUUGAAUUUCCUACCAGAAUGCCAACUCGUGCAAAUGAGAACCAAUCGCUCCAAGAGCUGUUUGACUCUGUGGUUCAACUUAUUCGAGAAACGCCCACUCCGGAUGAUUCCGCUCACCAGCUAUCAACCGGCGACAAACUGCGUCUGUACGGUCUCUACAAGCAUAUUGAAGCGAGUGCUGCGUCUGACAAUAGUGACAAAACGGCAGUCGACGAGGAAGCCGCGCCUUCUAUUUUUCGUGUGGAAGCCUACGCCAAGUACCAAGCCCUGAAGGCUUGCACGGGAUUAUCUCGGGAAGAAGCGAUGCGGGAGUAUAUUUCGUUACUCAGCGCACAAGAAAAUUCAUUGGGUGAAAUUUGUCGGGAUUGGUGGCAUAGCUCUAACUCUGUUGCCAAUGACGGCAAAAGUUCUUUUGCGAAAGAAGUGGAAACUCCGAUUGACCCUAUGCUAGAGGAGGAUACGAAGGCUUCGAAGCUGGCCGAAUCCAAGGACGUGAAACAUACUGAAAUGAAUAAAGCCUCGCAUGUCGAACCAGCCGCCGUUUCAAGGCCGAAACCAUCGAAACACUUUUUCGGUGUGUCGCCCUUAAUUCCACGUGGCCAAUUGGAUAUUAAGUAUCGCGAUCUACUUUAUGCGAGUCGCCAUUGCGCUACAAAUAUGAUUCGCCGAUCGACUAUGCCAUGCUAUCAACACUACGAGCGAAAAAUAAAAAAUCAGUGGAUCAGGGGUAUGGAAGGUGAUGGUCAAAGUCCUCAAAACGUUGUAGUUGGUCUGGCAGUGCGAUCUUUGUUGGACUUGUACCUAUUGAGUCGGUCCUUCCCAGAAGGCUCGCAGAUAAUUAUUUGUCCGCCGAUAAAUGUUCCAGGUAUGCUACGAGUGCUCAGGCACCAUCGACUCGAAGUGGUGGGCGUGGACUUGCCGCCGUCGGACGAAACGACCAGAAAUACAACAACCACCAUAUCUGUCGAUAUCGAGGGGAUCGAAGCGGCAAUUACAGAUAAGACGGUUGCCAUACUAGUGGUUCAUCCGUUCGGAAUGGUGUCGGCGUCAAAUCGUGACUUUGAGCGGAUAAAAACACUUGCCGAUCAGCAUAAGCUGGACGUCAUGGAAGACUGCGCCGAAAUAUUUACAGGUCUGGGGUCACUUUCGUACAGGGGAAGUCCUCAGGCUGAUGUGGUCUUCGUCUCCUUUGGUCUGAUUAAGACUUCCACUGCCUUGGGAGGUGGCAUAGCGAUGGUGAAGAAUAUAAAAGUAGCAGAGACCAUGAAGCGAUUGCACUUUUCUGUUUACCAAUAUCAAACGAAUGCAGAGUACUUCGGAAAAGUGCUGUAUGCCCUCUGUAUACGCUUCGUGACGGAUUUUCCUUGGAUGUGUGGCAUGAUACAUCAGCUGUGCGUAAUUUUCCGAUUGGACUUCGAUUAUUUCGUUACCUCACUACUGCGUGGAUUCGGACGCUCACCUAUGGAUUCCAGUGGGACGAAGUUUGAUCAAGCAAUACAUCAGUUUCGACGACGCCCAUGCGCGGCUCUCUUAGCCUUACUUAGUUAUCGCUUGCAGGAAGCAAACCAACAUGUACCCUCGGUAUUGCAUAAAAAGGAUCAAUGCCUAAAGAUCACUCGCUUGUUGAAAAGCACGAUCCCAAAUGUCAACCUUCCGGCCCCAACCCCAUACUGCACGAAUAGUAAUUGGCUUUUCCCAAUCGUGUCGGAGACGCCUGGGAAACAAAGCACUCAGCUCGGAAAGCUUGGAUUUGAUGCCACGCAAGGAUCAUCGCAGUUGUGUUGUGUGUCUCCAAAUUGCAAGCGAGCGGAAAAGCUCAUGAAGGCGUUGUUGUAUCUUCCUGUCUGCGGUAAGAAGCUCUGUAACCUUGAAAUGAAACGGCUAGUGGAUGGACUUCGCACUUUUCCGUGCAAUGGUGAUGAGCCCGUACAACCAGGUUUCGGCUGUAAUGUUGAUUUCUUGUUGAAAACAAGAUUGAGUCUUAGUAUGGCACUCUGCAUAUUUUUUGUUUUCUCCCGAGAUGUUGCCUUUCUCAUACGACAGAUUCAUCUGGGGAUUGUGGCGCUGGGGAUUUUCCUCGUUGUUUGUAUCGCAUCGUCGAAGCUUCUGCGAUGGUUGGUCGCUGACUACUAUAUCAAUUCUUCGACCGCAGUGGGGAAGUACAUAGACCUGUUGGGUCAACAUCCAGAUUACGAAAGCCAUCGAGACAUUUCCAACCAUUCCACUAUUCCUGGACUUCAAGCUGUCCGCACAAGUGUUUUCCAGUCAAGUCCAGCUCUCAGGCUUCCACAGUGCUCUCCCUGUGAACGAAAAGUGAUACUUACUGGGGCGACUGGUUUUAUUGGAUCACUUGUUCUUCGAGAUUUGCUCCUUCAUCGAAAAGUGUUGGGGAUUAAGAAGGUCAUACUCAUUUGUAGAUCAAAGCGUGGAAUUUCGGCUCAGGCUCGAAUCGACACAUUGCUCGAAAAUACAGCUGUGUACGGGUUCCUAGACAAAACUGAGAAGAGCGACUUAGUAAAGGUUAUUGAAGGUGACGUUACAAGACCCAAUGCUUUACUGUGUAAAACUGAUCUCUACGAUGUCCGCAACGACGGAAGUAUAUCCCAUCUGAUUCACUGUGCAGCGUCGGUGAGCUUCACACAAAGCCUUCCUGCUGCUGCCACAGCGAAUAUAUCCUCCCCACUAUACUUGCAAGACCUCGCAGCAUCUCUUGCCCAUGAAAAGACACAUUUCGUGCACGUCAGUACUGCGUUUGUGCAUGGCGGUUUGAGCGGGACGGACGACGAGCCACUCUCGGAAAGGUUGUUUCCCCUCGGAUCUUUCGAUGCUAAUGAUUUAUACAGUUCAAUGCAAAGUACGGAGUUCCUCGCUUCCAAGGCUAUGCGUGAGCUUCGUUUUCCCAAUUCUUACACGUUUAGCAAAUGUGUUUGCGAACAUUUACUUGUGAAAAACAGCAAGGUUCGGACAACAAUUUUCCGACCGAGCAUUGUUGGUCCAGCAUGCGAGAUGCCUUUCGAAGGCUGGGCGGGAGAAAGGCCGACUACUCUAGUUGCUGCUGCAUGUCUGUACCUCUCGUACCAGUGGAACCUUUGGAGCUUUGGCCCUUAUCGAGUAUCGUGUAUUCCAGUUGAUGUGGUGUCAAGAUUCUUGUUAUCCAGAGCGUUUGCCGAAGGCGGCUUUCGCGAUGUUGUAGGUGUUUACGACUCGUCAAGUGACGAAGACUUUGAAAAGGUUUCUUGCGCUUCCUCUGCUUUGGCCGAUACUGUGUAUGCAGGAGAUCCAGAGUCAAGCAAUUUACCACUUUACACGAUACACAAUGCGACUUGGGAUUCAGCCUCUGCACCUAGUUCUACCUUCACUUGGCUGGACUAUGCCAGCACUGUAACUCAGGUUGGAUCUUUGUUUGGCCAUUUUGGUCGAGCAACAGCAUACAUCGGCUUGAUUCUCUCGACACAGGUGCUCUCUAUACUGAACCCCUCUCUUGAGCUAUAUACUAGAAUUCAUCGGAGUAUUGUCAAAGCUCCUCUCCUUUUCGUUGAAACAGUAUUUGCAUACUUGAGAGUAGACGCGUCAAAUAUCAGGAGACUCCUUUCCUUUAUUGAUCUCCCUCUUUUGUUCUUUCCCUUUAUGAAUACGAGCUUUCACUUCCGCAGUCGGCUUGUUGCCAAGGAUUUUGAUGGCCAACGAUACGCUCUCAACUGUGUCUUGGCUGCGCAUGUGUUUCUAGCCACCACGAGUGAAUGCCGUCGGUCUCAGAACCCCUCAAAAGAAAGGAAUACCUAUCCAACCUUUUUCCUUCUCGGGGGGCGUAUCCACGAACCGGUUCUCUCGGAUUCGUGGUGGGCUUUAACUCAACCAAGGGGAUCUUUAGUCAUCAGAUGCAUUGGAUUCUUGGCAAAGAAGGUUCUGAGAUUGUGUUUUAACGAGGUUUCCGUUGAUCUUUUUUCUUUCGCUGAAGCGAUCCGAGAAGCCGAGAAUACGGGACGACCUAUUCGCAUUGUCCUUACCCCUACGCACCGGUCGGUCUUCGACUUCAUCCUUCUUAGCUUUUUAGCCUUUUCGUUGCCGGAGCUUCAGGUGGAUAUUCCUUUCGUCGCAGCCGCGGAGGAUUUUCGGCAACUUCCUAUCAUAGGAUGGUUGUGUUCUUGUGCCCGAGCUAUUUUCAUUCGAAGAGGCACUGGUCAAGUUGAUCCUGAUUCAAAUCAGCAGAUCCAGGCAAUUGGUAUUCAUCGACAUGGACCGGUCCCUGUCAUGGAAGUCUUCAUUGAAGGAACUCGUAGCCGUGAUGGACGGUUUGCGAAACCAAAGACUGGUGUUUUGAAGUGCCUUCAUCAAAGUGGCAUAGAUUCUUUGAUCGUACCAGUUGCAAUAAGCUAUGAAGCUAUUCCUGAACAGCAUUAUAUGGAAAAGGAACUCGUGACAGGUGCUUCGCUUAAGAUGUCGACGCCCGGUGCUUUGCAAUGGCUGUUGGAUGUAUUCGACGGAAAGAACAGCUUUGGGAAUGUCCUAGUAAGUGCUGGUGCCCCGCUCGUCAUGAACGCUGCCGAAAAGACGAAUUUCAAGGAACUGGUCUGGAGUAUUCAAGGACGACAACGAGAUCUUAUGUAUAUCUCGCGCUAUCAUGUAGAGGCGAUAUCCCGUCUGCUCGAUAUUGAUUGCGAUACAGUCGAAGGCGUCAUCCUGUUGAAUCUAGACGCUUGA